UCACUCUGUUUCGACCUGCCCAAAGCGGCUCCUGGCGCACGCAUCAUAUUUUAUUCUUGCCACAAGGGCAGGGGUAAUCAGCAUUGGCAGCUUGUAUGGCUGACGGGUGAAUUGGGUGUCGACAAAAACCCAGUUCUUUUGAAGCAUCCGUCCAGUAAGCUUUGUGCAUCCGCCGAUUUAACUGUUUCAGGCGACCCUCAGCUCGUAGUGCAGCCCUGCGAUAUCAACAACACUGCACAACAUUGGGUGUGGGACCUACUACAAACGAGGCUGGCUAACCUAACGAAUUCCAAGCGUGACACAUAA